AUGGCUAAUCCGAAGUACGAAAAUCUUCCCGGCAUAGCUUAUGACCAACCCGAUGUAUAUGAAACCGAUGAUUUGCCGGAAGCUGACCAGCCGGACCCGUAUGAAGAGGAAGAAAAUAGCUGUAUUGAACAGUUACAUAUAUCAGUGAAAGAUUCUUUCAAUACAUUCAAAGGAAAAUUUUUAACUGGGAAUGUUGAUUUUUCUGAUAGACUCAGCAGGAAAAAUCGUAUUGGAUACAGAGCUGGUGAGUGGGAAUUGGCAGCGGUGGGUGAUACAGAAACAACAUUGGAACGGUACAACAGACUUCGCUGUGAGUUUUCGGAGCUGUUAGAAGAAGUUACACUGAAAGAAAAUAAAGCUAUAGAGAUUGAAAAGGAGGAAUACAGCAAACUUGCAGCACAGAUCACUUCAACAAAGAAACUUCUAGAAGAAUUAAAACUAGAGGAAGGGGAACAAAUUGAUCCCAAAGCGGAGAAAUUGAAGGAAUACUUAAGCGUCAACGGAAAGAAACAAGGUGACAAGAUCACAGCACAUUUGAAACUCAAGCCUGAAGUCAAUUUGGCACAGACAGCUAGAAUAGCACAGUUGGAGCACAGAUUACACAAACUAGAGCAGGCGGCUGGUGUGAGAGAUGAAGAAGCAUUCCGAAGACUACAGACUGUUACUGGAGAGGCUACUCUAUGUGGUGCUGCGGCCUCACUAGCCAGUCAGGCGGCUUUACUGCGCCCUGCAGACCUGGCUGCCGCGGAGGCCAGAGUGACGUCACUACUUAGUAAUAUUGACGCUCUGAAGCAAGCUGUCAAACCAGCACAGCCUGAAGUCGAAGAGAAGGUUAAAGAAUUGUACAAACUAUUAAAGCAAAUAGAUGGUGUGUCACAUUCAGAAAUCUUAGAGAGAAUGGAGGCUCUGGAGGCUUUACACAAUCAAGCAAGCAACUUUGGUAAAUCUCUGACUGAAUUGGAGACGCUACAAAGUACAAUCGCUAGCGACGUACAAAACAACAAGGCGCUCCUUCAAGGAGUACAAGAAGUCUUCGCACACAAUAUUGAUAGCUUACAAAAAGAAAUCAAGAAAUUAGACGAAAGAAUCGGCAAACUGACGCCUGCGUGA